UUGCAGGCGGCUGUCGCGGGGACUAGAGGCAGAAACGGCGGCGUCGGCAGCGGGCACUGCGUUGCGGAGGCGCGGCGGCAGGACGCGAGCCCAGCGAGCUGCAGCCAGCUAGGUCUUGACUCUGCUAACCGGGACUCUUCGUGUGGCUUUAAGCUUGGACCUGGACAGCACAAGGAAAUGGAGCUCAGCUGCAUGUAACAGAAAGCAUAUGGACAGGUCCACGUCCUGGCAUUUAGGUGCUAAGAGAUGGUGCUUAUGGGGCUCAUCUCUGCCUGAGAAUAAGGUGCUCCAGGUGCUGGAAUAGCCAAAUCUGAUCCUGGGCUCCCUGCUUGAACAAGCCUUCACUUUCAGUCACUCCAAUCCAACAACGAAACGACACAUUUUCUCUUAAUGAUGGGUAUUGGUAAGAACACUACGUCCAAAUCCAUGGAGGCUGGGAGUUCAACCGAAGGCAAAUAUGAAGAGGAAGCGAAGCACCCCACUUUCUUCACCCUUCCGGUGGUGAUGAACGGAGGUGCCACGUCCACCAGUGAACAGGACAAUGAAGACACAGAGCUCAUGGCAAUCUAUACAACAGAAAACGGCAUCGCAGAGAAGAGCUCUCUGGCCGAGACGUUGGAUAGCACUGGCAGUCUAGACCCCCAGAGAUCAGACAUGAUUUACACCAUAGAAGAUGUUCCUCCCUGGUACCUGUGCAUAUUUCUGGGGCUGCAGCACUACCUGACUUGCUUCAGUGGUACGAUCGCAGUGCCCUUCCUGCUGGCCGAUGCCAUGUGUGUGGGGUAUGACCAGUGGGCCACCAGCCAGCUCAUUGGGACCAUUUUCUUUUGUGUGGGAAUCACAACUUUGCUGCAGACAACGUUUGGAUGCAGGUUACCCCUGUUUCAGGCCAGUGCUUUUGCAUUUCUGGCCCCUGCUCGAGCCAUCCUGUCUUUAGAUAAAUGGAAAUGUAACACAACAGAUGUUUCAGUUGCCAACGGAACAGCAGAACUGUUACACACGGAGCACAUCUGGUAUCCCCGGAUACGCGAGAUCCAGGGGGCCAUCAUCAUGUCCUCACUGAUAGAAGUGGUCAUUGGCUUCCUGGGCCUGCCCGGCGCUCUGCUAAAAUACAUCGGGCCCCUGACCAUUACACCCACCGUGGCCCUCAUUGGCCUCUCUGGUUUCCAGGCGGCGGGAGAGAGAGCGGGGAAGCACUGGGGCAUCGCCAUGCUGACAAUUUUCCUAGUAUUACUGUUUUCUCAAUAUGCCAGAAAUGUUAAAUUUCCUCUCCCAAUUUACAAAUCCAAGAAAGGAUGGACUGCCUACAAGUUGCAGCUUUUCAAAAUGUUCCCUAUCAUCCUGGCCAUCCUUGUGUCCUGGCUGCUCUGCUUCAUCUUCACAGUGACAGAUGUCUUCCCUCCUGACAGUGCAAAGUAUGGCUUCUAUGCUCGGACAGAUGCCAGGCAGGGUGUGCUGCUGGUCGCCCCGUGGUUUAAGGUUCCGUACCCAUUUCAGUGGGGACUGCCCACCAUCUCUGCAGCUGGUGUCAUUGGCAUGCUCAGUGCUGUUGUCGCCAGUAUUAUCGAGUCUAUCGGAGACUACUACGCCUGUGCAAGGCUGUCCUGUGCACCACCGCCUCCCAUCCAUGCAAUAAACAGGGGGAUUUUCGUGGAGGGUCUCUCCUGUGUUCUCGAUGGCAUAUUUGGUACUGGGAAUGGCUCUACUUCAUCCAGUCCCAACAUUGGAGUUUUGGGAAUUACGAAGGUCGGCAGUCGCCGGGUGAUACAGUACGGGGCCGCCCUCAUGCUCGCCUUGGGCACGGUCGGGAAGUUCAGUGCCCUCUUCGCCUCCCUUCCGGAUCCUGUGCUUGGAGCGCUCUUCUGUACUCUCUUUGGAAUGAUCACAGCUGUUGGACUCUCUAACCUGCAGUUCAUUGAUUUAAAUUCUUCCCGGAACCUCUUCGUGCUUGGAUUUUCGAUCUUCUUUGGGCUCGUUCUUCCAAGUUACCUCCGACAGAACCCUCUUGUCACAGGGAUAACAGGAAUUGAUCAAGUGUUGAACGUUCUUCUCACAACUGCAAUGUUUGUAGGAGGCUGUGUGGCUUUUAUUUUGGAUAACACCAUUCCAGGGACUCCAGAGGAAAGAGGAAUCCGGAAAUGGAAGAAGGGAGUGGGCAAAGGGAGCAAGUCGCUCGAUGGCAUGGAAUCCUACGAUUUGCCGUUUGGCAUGAACAUUAUUAAAAAGUACAGAUGCUUCAGCUACUUACCCAUCAGCCCAACCUUUGUGGGCUACACAUGGAAAGGCCUUGGGAAGAGCGCAAACAGCCGGAGUUCAGACGAGGACUCACAGGCCACGGUAUAGCUGUAGCUUGCCCUGUGGCUUGGCCGCAGUGAGGCAUGAGUCUGUAGUUCCUUGCUGAGUAACAAGCAGUAACAUAUAUGUUUGUAUAUCUGCAUUUACAUUCUGCACCCCAGAGCUAAGACAGAUUGCAAAUAGCUUUUUUUGUUGUGGGUGGUGAUUGUGUCUAAUAUGGUGUCUCACCUAUCUCCUUAUUUAAGCCCUGACCCCUUGCCCUUGAGAGCGUCCACUGCUGGCUGUGGUCACUGAACUUGAAGUUCCUGUCCUCCGGUGGGAGUAGAUGUUUGAAAUCCACAGCGAUUCUUUGUUUUCAGUCCCCCUUGCCCCACUCCGUGCUAGCUUUCUUACAAGCCACCUCCAGGGACUGGGGGCUUUCUGUCCUGGAAGCACCUGGACCUGCUUGGUUUUUUAUAG